AUGGCGCUGCCCAGAUGAACUCGGUGAAGGAGUGCGGCAUUGAGGUGAAGACUGUCGGUUUCUUCUUCAUCUUUUCUAUUCGCUCACAGUCUCAGCUGUUCCCUCCUUCAGCUUCCCUCCACGCUCAGCCACAGGUCGUGAGGAGCAGGUGACAGUUCAGGAGGCAACAUGGCGGCGCAGGGAGGCAUCUUGUUCCAGGAGAAGGUCAGCAGGCUUCUCAGUAGACAGGACGGAAGACCUGUGCUGAAACCCAACAGGACGCUGGCUCUGAGAGAUGCAGUAGCCAACCGCAAACUCAAGAAAGGAGAGGCCACCUGUGUCACAGAGAUGUCCGUCCUGAUGGCCUGCUGGAAGCAGAACAACUUUGUGGACGGUGUGUGCUCUACGGAGACGAAGGCCUUCUACAGCUGUGUGGAGGAGGCUCAGGCUGCGAUGAAGAAUAAAUCUAAUCUGACCAGCAUGAAGGGAGGACGUCUGCACCCAAAACAAGCCACAACCCUGCUGAAGAGAUACCCCAACAUACGCACCGAGGUCUAGGAAGCCAACUGUUCGAAUGCAUGUGUUGUAUGGACUCAAUGUGGCUGUUGGACUGAGUCAUGGAACUGGGUUUCCUCACUUUAAGGUGUUGUCAGCUGCUGUAUGAAUGAACAACGCGGUACCAUAUACAUUUAUUAAAUAAAUUAAGCCAGGAGCAGAACACUGAGAAGGCAGAUUUCAACACACACACACACACACACACACACACUACUGCUGCUUCAGUAUGAAACUUCAGGUUUCCUAAGGUUAUUUGCAGACCAGUUUUCUGUUACAGCCUUUGUUUUCACAACAUAUUGUGUUUUAUGGUUUGAAACAUAAUGUGACUUUCUCCUCUUGUCCUGAAUUGACUCUGAUGAAAAUGACGCCAUCUUGUCUCAACCCAAUUUAGCAGAGUGGUCUCAUUCAGAGCAGAGAUGUUAUUAGUGGAUGUGAUGGAAUUAUUCGUCUUGGGUUUCAUGGCUCCUGGCCGGGAACUCACCAUUAUCACUGAACGCCGAAAUGACUCAUCACUCCUGUGGAAGCUGAGAUGGUGGUUAACAUCAGCCUAUCAGACAGACAGGGUCACACGGAUCACCAAUAAGCGAAGCUCGGUGUGGUUGAUGUGGAACUUCCUGAAUGGAUUUAAACAGUUUUUGAUCAAAUCAUUCAUCAGUUUCUCAUUUUCUUUCUUCCUCUGAUUGUGUCCCAGUUCCAGACUUUACAGAGUCUGUGGUGUGUUCACACUCUGAAAUUACAAAAUUUAAUAAACUAAAAAUAAAAAAUUUGUAUGACUUUUAAGAAAAUGCAGAUUUUGGAGUGUGCCAUUGAUGUACAAGAUAAGAGCAACUGACAGCUUCAUAAAGUUCCUGGAAAAUAAUUUUUUUCUUUUUGAAGUUUAACUGAAGUUCAACGUUAUUCCAAAGUUUGACUGAUGCACAGUAUGUCUUUGCAUGUACUGUGACCAUUUUGAAAUAAAAUCGGACAGUUCUG